GCUGCCCGUCUGCCCUCAUACCCUGCCCCGUGCCCCUCCGCUGGUUCCCCCGCCAGUGGCUGGAGCGGACCGGUGCAGCCUCACAUCCCUCCCGCCUUCCUCCUCUCCCAGCCCCCAGCUAAUGAGCCCAGCCCUUAGCUCCAUCAUCCCGGAGACGGUAUCCCAGCGACUCCCAGUCACCAGCAGCGUCUCCCAUUCAUCACCAGCGUCUCCCAGUCACCACCAGUAGCCGCUGCCAUUCACAGGACCCCGGCGCCCACAGUGAGGAGCACAAGUGCGGCCACCUGCAGACCUGUCACCGGCUGCGGUCACUUCUCCCGGCAAUGGCGGAGAUACGGAGCUUGUACCGGGGAGCCGUGUGACUAUGGGACCCGAGGAGGCUGUAUAGACAGCGGCAGUGCCCGUGUGCCCCCCGCCCGCUUCACAUAGACAUGUGGCCAUAGGGGAGCAGGGGCUGCGGUCCUACAACAUGGAGCCCCCCGCGGAAAGUCCGUGCCGGGCAGCGGAAUACCUGAAGGAGCUCAACAAGAUCAUCGAGACCCAGCAGGAGCUUCUGGAGCGGCAGAAGAAGAGGAUAGACGAGCUGGAGGAGCAGGUCAGCUCCCUGUACAAGGAGAAGAGCAGCCUGUACGAGGAGCACCAGCUGCACCUCAACACCUGCAGGCUACACCAGGGGCCCCCGGGGCCCUCCUGCCUCAGCUCCAUCCAGGAGAACGACAGGUCCAGUAUUGAACGAUGGUGGUCUUUGGACUCGGGCUGGCCCGCUGAUGCGUUUUCCACUUCUCUGAUUGACUCGGACCCACAUGUUGUCAUUAAUGUUCCUCAAAUGAACGAUGCUUUGUGCUUUAAUAUUCAAGAGAAGCCUGGUGUGAUCCUCAAUUUGAUUAUGGAUCGUGUUCUGGGUAUUUCUGUAAAUGGAGAACUUAUUGCAAAAGAGAAAUCAAAUGAAACUUAUUUUGGAAAAAUUGGGAUUGUAAACAAAAAUACGAAGAUAAGAAUAGAGGUGAACACAGACAGAGUCACUGUCCUAAAGAAUAAAAACAAAAAAACCUUCUUAUGGCAGAAAACUGGCUCUAUAAGCGAGGAGGGGUUUAACCUGGUAAUCAACAAGAGAACAAAUCUGACAUUAUCAUUUGGAGAAGGAGCAAAAUUUUUCAUUAUUUUGCAUGAAGUUUGGAAAAGUCAUCCUUUCCCUAUGCGUUUCCUUGGCUUUUACACUUUAGAUGAUUAUGCAUUUUCCAGAGGAGUUCAUGGACUGUUAGGACAAUUCUUUCAUGGUAUUGAAUAUGAAAUAUCCAGCCUUCACAAAAAUGAAAAAUCAGGCAAACAAACUGCAACAAUGAAAGUGAAGAAUAAUCUACUGACUGUGACAAGGGGUUCAGAAAAGGACUACAGAUCAAACUUCAGGAAUGGCAUUAAAACUCCCUGCUGGUUUGUGCAUUCCAAUGGAGAAGGCCUGCUUGAUGGAACCCACACAGAUUAUAUUGUGUCUGAUAUUUUUAGCAAUGCCUAGUAGUAAUAAUGUAUAAAAGAAUAUUCAAAAAGUAGUUGUCCUAUGAUAAAACCUGUAUUUAAAUCUCCAAUAAAGUAAUAUUUAUUGGUAAAUUAAGUUAUUUUACUACCUUUCUGUGGUAUUCCAUGCUUUCUUGCAUUUGAUGCAAACUAUCUGCUCUGAUGUCUUAAUUAGCCCAACUUCCUGUCUGUUGUACAUCCUGUGAAAGACUUCCUGUUACUUUGUACACUGUAGCCAGGAACUCAGACAACACACCCAUAAAAAGGAAUAGUGGUAGAAAAAUAGAGUUGGCUGAACUCCUGGCUAGAGAGUCCUGACCAGACAGGAAGUUAGAAUAACACAGAGAACAGGGCAGACAAUUUGCAUCAGAAGCAGAAAGAAAUCACGAAAAAAAAAAAAAAAAAACAGAAAAGGUAGUAAAAUAACUUUACCAGUAUAUGUUCAUUUAUUUGACAGCUGAAAAUCAUCGUUGGACAACCUCUAAGUUUGAAUCACUGAAUAGAGGUUGUCUGUUCAACACUGGAUGGAUGGAAUUGGCUUGUAAUUAUGACAACAUCUAUCUCCAUUAUGGUCAGCCCCUACACAUCUCUCUUUAAGAGAGGAUAACCCUUUUUAUUUUGUACACAUGAUAAAGGAUAUUCCCCCUUUUAAGUUUUCCCCUAUAUUUGCCAGAGUACAGUGCCCCUAAAAACAGUUGUUGCAGCUUUGCAGGACUUGGCUCAACGAUGUAUUCAUUUAGUUGGGCUCUAUGUAUUACUACAUAAAUGUGUGUGUGACAUUAGGUAUAUCAGCUGAUUGCUUAGGAUUCCAGUAGUUGGACCUAUGACAACUAACUGAUUGUUAGGGCAGCAUGUUAUAGGCUGUUGUUGUAAGGCUUAUUUUAUGAGUAGUAUUUUGUUUAGAAAGCAGGAGUGGAACCAACAGAGAAAAAGGUGCCAUUUUUUUCCAUAAUAGUUUUCUGUAUAUCUUCCCCUCCUUGUUUCAAUUACAAAUACUGAGCAAAAUAUUGACCAUAAUACUAUGUGUGAAUCUUAGGCUUAUAUUACAUGGUAUAGAGGUGUGAGGGCACCAUAAUAGACUCUCUGUAUGAUAAUAAAUAAAUGAUGUGUACU